AUGGAUAGUGUAAAAUUAAUAAAAAAUGGAAAAAAAAUUGUCUGUGGUGGAUUUACAUAUACAAUCCAGCAUAAACUAAAAAAAAGUAUAAGAUGGAAAUGUUCCCUGCAGAAGUCUUUGAAAAAAUGUCCUGGUGUAUUAAUUACCGAUAAAAUGCGACAGGAAAUAAGUGUUGAUAUCGCAAAAAUAGAAUUAAAUAAUAUCGGGCUAACAUCUAAAAGGAAAGAAAAUACUUUGGAACACCGUCUUCAAAUAUUAUGUCAACGAUCUGCAGAUAACGAACCAGUCGAACUGAUAUUACAAAAUAUAUCACACUGCUUACGAAAAAGGAGUAGAGAGUAG